GGUCACGCAGUCUCUCUCUCCCUCCUCGGGGAGGAACUGCCGCGCUCCGGCUGAGUCCUCCGCCGGCAGGAGGGAGGGGCGGCGAGGGGCCCGGGCACGCCGGGAAGCGCGAAACCUAGACCAGGACAGGACGCCGCCCGCCCCGGGACUCGCGGCCCCCGCCGGCUCCCGCCGCACUCCAGACAAAACCCCAGUUCAGGCAGGUUCUGCGCGGCGAGCGAGGAGGCUUAGCCCCUAACCCGGAACUUGCCGCCCCCGGGACGGCUGGCGGGUGGGCGCAAUGAGCCAGGUGCUGGGGAAGCCGCAGCUGGAAGACGAGGACGACGACGAGGAGGAUGAGCUGGUGGGGCUAGCGGACUACGGGGACGGGCCCGACUCCUCGGAUGCCGACCCGGACAGCGGGGCGGAGGAGGGAGUUCUGGACUUCAGCGAUCCCUUCAGCACUGAGGUGAAGCCGAGGAUCCUGCUCAUGGGCCUGAGGAGAAGUGGCAAGUCUUCUAUCCAGAAAGUGGUCUUUCACAAGAUGUCCCCCAGCGAGACGCUGUUCCUGGAGAGCACCAACAAGAUCUGCCGGGAGGACGUCUCCAACAGCUCCUUCGUGAACUUCCAGAUUUGGGACUUCCCAGGACAGAUCGACUUUUUUGACCCUACCUUCGACUACGAGAUGAUCUUCCGGGGAACAGGAGCGCUGAUAUUUGUCAUAGACUCCCAGGACGAUUACAUGGAGGCCCUGGCCCGGCUGCACCUCACAGUGACCAGGGCCUACAAGGUGAACACCGACAUCAACUUCGAGGUCUUCAUUCAUAAAGUGGAUGGUCUGUCAGAUGACCACAAAAUUGAAACCCAAAGAGAUAUUCAUCAGAGGGCGAACGAUGACCUUGCAGAUGCUGGGUUGGAAAAAAUUCACCUCAGCUUUUAUCUGACAAGCAUAUACGAUCAUUCAAUAUUUGAAGCUUUUAGCAAAGUGGUUCAGAAACUAAUUCCACAACUCCCCACCCUGGAGAAUUUGCUAAACAUCUUUAUCUCGAAUUCGGGAAUUGAAAAGGCAUUUCUAUUUGAUGUGGUCAGUAAAAUUUAUAUUGCCACUGAUAGUACCCCAGUAGAUAUGCAGACCUAUGAACUCUGCUGUGAUAUGAUCGAUGUGGUUAUUGACAUCUCUUGUAUUUAUGGUCUCAGAGAAGACGGAGCAGGAACCCCCUAUGACAAGGAAUCAACAGCCAUCAUAAAGCUGAAUAAUACCACAGUUCUUUAUUUAAAAGAGGUGACGAAGUUCCUGGCUCUUGUUUGCUUUGUCAGAGAGGAAAGCUUUGAAAGAAAAGGGCUUAUUGACUAUAAUUUUCAUUGCUUCCGGAAGGCCAUCCAUGAAGUUUUUGAGGUGAGAAUGAAAGUGGUGAAAUCGAGAAAGAUUCAGAAUCGGCUGCAAAAGAAAAAAGGAGCCACACCCAAUGGGACGCCUAGGGUGCUGCUGUAGGUGAGGUUUCAGGAGCAUCUUUUGAAAUCAGACCUUUCCGUGAGGCUGCUGCACUGUGUUGCACUAACAGAAGAGGAAGAAGGAGAUUGGGACAAAUAACACAAAUUUGUUGUAAAAAAAGAAAAAUUCCUAGCACCCUCUUGAUCUUUUCUUUUUUAAAUAAAGCAAGCACUUUGAAGCAAAAACUUGUACAUUAACAAUGAAGCGAAACCCACUGUAAUUUCAUUACACAGAUGUAAACUUUUUUGGUCUGUAGUCAGAAAAACCCUGUGUGAGAACUGCCAGAAACUGUAUAUAUUUUGCACUUUUUCAUGUUUUUUUCUCAUUGAACUAAACUUUGAUAAAACAACUUUUCUAAGAUUUUUUCUGUACUUGGUGUCAAGGACAUGCAUACUGUAGUUUCCAGCUAUAUGGCAAUCAGAAAUGAAAAGGCGAUGCAUUAGCAAUGACUUUUUAUACAUUUGGGAAUCUUUGCUACCAAUUGUUGAGAAAAAUAAUUUUUCAGUGAAGAGGGAUCAGACUGGGGCAGUGAGCUCCUGGAGCAAUAAGAGCUGCCCCUUGUUUAUAACUAGCACCAAUGGGAGUUUUGUUGAAUAAUAUUAGCGCCAAACUUAUCUAAAUGUUUCUAUAGCUGCAGCAGUGCUUCCCUACCCAACAGUUUUUACAGAGUUCUUUACCUCCACACACAUCUCUAGAAUCGUUUUAUACGGAGUGGUCGUUUCUUUUUGCCGUGUGGCUAUUCUUCAGGAUCUCUGGGACCAGAUUUCCAAAAUGGUGCCAAUCACUUGAGCCAAAUGAGAAUGUCGUUGAAUUGUAGGGUUUCUGGAGGCUGUUUUGUACCUGCCACCCAGGCUGAAGUAACGUCAGAGGGCACGUGGCUUCCCAAAUGCAGGUGAUUGGCACCUGCAGAUGUAAAAAUAUAUACACAGUUCUGUAUGUUUGGCCUCUGUGAAAUGGGCCUGUUAUUGUGCAACAUCUGAAAUGUUUGUUUUGGACUAGCUGUUUUGUUUUGCUCCACGAUCACAGAGAAUGUCUCAUCUCUAGCAUAGAGCCGAAUCCUUUGGCGCACAUUUGUCACCUCUGCAUGUCCUUCUUGUCUGUGACAGUGCACCUUGUAGACUCUGCCUGUUCCCACCCUGUGAUUGAACUAGAGCUCAACCUGCCAGCAGCAUGCUCUGCACAACUGAAAAGCCACUCUGAAAACCCCUACAGCUCAGUGGGAAGGAGAUGGCCGGAGGAGGCAUAAUAGUUAGCUAUGCAUUUGUUUCUCUGAAGUCCCAUCACUUACGUUUACUUUAGACUAAUAGCAAGUUAAGAGACUCCUAAAUCUACCACGGUCCCAAACCAUUCCAAGUAGAUAAUUCUAGGUCUGUUUAAAGGGUCCAUUCCUAAGGCAUGCUUGUGGGUGUUAGAAAAUAAUAUUUUUUUCCUUUUAGCAGAGCCUCAUAGGGAUAACAAAGCUGCUCCUAGCAAAACUGUGUCAGGCUCCUAAGGCAGCUUGUCCUUAAAAUUAUCCCACUUCUGUCUGUGACUUCCUUCUACUCUUUGUCCUUUCUCUCAAGUCAUAUUCCUUUGAGGCUGGUAACUGUAGUUUAAAAUGGUAGUUGAUUGGGGUUUAAGGUUUGAGCUCUCUCGACGCAUUGUGCAUUUUGGAAGAAAAUUUCUAAAAAUCCCGAAGGAGCCCUGCCUACCUUCCUCAUAAUUUCUGCUCAGAAACCCAGAUGAAGUCUUUUCCCUUUUGCCAACAGGCCUGGUACCGGGCGGGGGGGGGGGGGUUAUUACAAAUAAUUCUGUAAUACUUUUUACACGAUGUUUCUUUUUGAGCAAAGAAUUGCUUUUCUAAUGUGACUUUAUCCUCAACAGAGACACUUGCCUAUCUGAUAAAUCACACAUUGUUUAGUAUAUACACAUACUAUUGUAACCAGUUGGAGCUUCCAUUUUUGAGUUGGGUAUAUGAUGGGCUUUUGUUAAAAUGUGCCUUAAGAGCCUAUUACUUCAAGAGCAAAUGAUUCUUUGGGGGAAAGGCAAAGUUAAUGCUAUGGUAUAAGGACCCAAGUUCAUGGUACUAAGUGUACUCUUUGUUUAAUCACAUGCAGAUAUACAGAUUACUGCCUCAAACCAUGGCAAUGACCUCUUACUUAAAGAGAGGUACUGGAGUUCUAAGUGUUCAGUUUUUGAAGUCUGUGCCACUGAAAUUACAAAAUCUCUCAAUUCCUCGUACAUUUUAUUUUUGAUAAGGGAUUUAGCUUGCUGUGACAUGUAUGGCCACGUUUAGGUCUCAGAUCCAAUGCUACAAAUACAAAACCCAAAUACAUGGCUACAGUGACGAUUCUGGAACAUUCUCACUCAUUCUCAAAGGUUGAGAACAUGACCUACAGGUUUCUUGGGCAAUUAGAACUUCUAUAUAGAGGUGCUAAUCUGUAGAUUAUCAUUUUUGGUUAUUUUCAGUUAUGUAGAUUAGUGUGUAUGACCAGAGUAGAGUGCUUUUGAAGGACUUUAAGUCAAAAACUGUUGACAUUCAAGAUCAGUGUUAUUUUGUGAACAUGAUAUAUUUUGGAUCCUUAAAUACAGAAUGACUAAAAACACAGCACUAUCAUUACAUACAGGUUAUGUGUUUACUCUGUUUGAAACACACUCCAGAAAAGCAGUCAACUGUCUCGAUUAAGGUGCGGCAUGAAGUCACCUUCUGUGGGCAGGGCAUAAUGUGUAAUCGGGUGUAGUGUUGAGUUUUGCGUUAAGCAGCACGUCAUUUGUAACCGGUGUUAAGCCAUUGGUGUCACGAAUGUUGACUGCCAAUUUAAAAGCUUGUGGUAUACGCUCGUGAUUUGGUAAGCUCUCCUUUUUGUUUUAAGCAUAUUCCUAACUAAUCUUUCAGGGACCAGAAUGGUCUCUUUGGUGGAAAGGAAGUAUGGUCUUCCAUGUUUGUGAACUGGUUUACCACACACACAUAUUACUGCUUCACUGACCCUGUUUGGUCCCUUUAGUAAAACAUGUUUGUCCUGAUUACCAGCUUUCAUUUUCUGGAAAUGAGGAUAAAUCACUCUAUUUAAGUUGGAUUUGCACUUCUAUUUUAAUUUUUUUACACCCUCUUGUCUCUCCAUAUUUUUGAUGGCAACAUGCCUGUUUGGACUAUAGAACUGUUAUUUCAGUCAACUUCAGAUAUUAAUUCUGCUAUCCUGGCCCUAAUCCCUAGCCAUCUGGAAAUUCUCUUCCAACAGGGCACCUUAUCUAUCACUCCUUCCUUACUUAGUAAGAUUCUAUCAGAUGACUUUUACAGAUCCCCUAAGAGUUUUCAGAGAGCGCUAGCAUUAGGUGUUAUACCUAGUAUAUGAAAUCCUGUUUCUGAUGGAAAGCCUGAUCUGAAAUAAUUAUUUCCAAGAUCUUUAAUCAGUGGUGAUGUUUGACUUAGGAGGAAGAGAACAUGGUCUUUAACAGAUUUACUUAAUAAAAUACUGAAUACACACACACAGGACACCACAUGCUGCUCUUACAUGCAUUUAUAUGACUUACUCUCAGAAAUCCAAGAGGUAGGUACUGUUAUCACUCCUGUUUUAUAGAUGGGGCAGCUGAGUUCAAAGAGAUUAAGUGAUGUUACAAGUAAGACACAAAGUCUGGAGUCUGACGUGAGUCACUCUCUCAACUAUUGCUCUAAGUAGCCUCCUUGAAUGUCCCCUUCAAUGCCCUCCUUUCUCAGAUAUGAAAAGGGGGACUUGAAGUUUAGGAAUUACUGCUGCAUAUGUUUAGGAAGGCUGAGAUGCUAAGAUAUUUAAAAAUACUUUUCCUUCCACGAGAAUCAAUAGGAGCAGUCUUCUAAAUGUGCUUCACUCAGAGAAGAAAGUCAGUAAAUGCUAUGUUUUUUUCUUUCUAAUCCAGUCAAUGACUCUAGAGCCAAAAAUAUUAACAGAGUGUUUAAAUAUCAGAAGAAAUUUUAAGUACAUUUUAUAGCCAUUUGGUUUUCUAAGAAGCAUUAGUAUAUCAAACCCUGAGGGAAAGGGAGAAUAAGCUAUUGAUCUAAACUGUAUUCAGCUUUACUUUGAGUUUUUAAUAUAUAUAACAAUAAUUUGUAGGAAAUAAAAUCCUGAUUUGGAUUAAAAUAAAAAAGAUACAUAUCAAUCCUAAUCCUUCAGACCUAUAUUUAAAAUUGCCACUAUUGUACCUCAGGGGGCUUUUCUACACGAGGAGCUUUUCAACAUGUCCAAAAGUCGAAAUGGCUUCUUUCUCGAUGUAUCUUCUCCCGUGGUGGCGUGACUGUCUUCCCUUGCAUUCCUGCUAGAAACGUGGUUCUCAUGCUUGACUUCCCUCCCGCUCACCUCCUCCCAUCAGUCACCCACUUGUUUGAGGUCAGCCUUACGGACCGCUGCCGUUGAUUCUCUUCUCUCCAUCUCUUCUGCCACUGUCCUGGUUUACACCACCAUCCCCUCUUAUUUGGAUCUCAGUAGCCGCUUAACA